AUGUUUUUCAAAAUACUUUUAUUAAUUAUUCCAAUUCUGAAUAUUUUCGCACACGAUUUAAUACUCGGAUACCCGGACUUAAACUCCAAACUGAUCUACCAACAAGUCCAUCAACAAAAUCCAGCGAUUUGGGUGAGAUCGGAUACGUUCACCGUAAACUGUUCGAAAAAUGAAGUUAUCAAUGCAAUUAAAGUUCUGGAUCUGCGCCACGAUAAAUGGGGCGAAGUUUACCUGAAAAAAGGCGGGAUUGGGCAGAGUUUUGUUGCACUGGAAUUGGAUAGCCCCAGCAUCUUCAGAGGUUAUAACUUCCUGGUAGAAGUGUAUGCGAUUCAGACAGGUUAUUUUAUGAAUUUACACGGUAAAUAG